CCUUUGUUCUCCAACCCUUUAGAUCUCACCUUGCAGGGGGGAAGGCCCAGGCCAUCAGUUGCCAGGAAACAGGGUGUCAGCCAUUCUCUGUGUCCAGACUCCUGCACACACCUGCCCUCUAGGGCUCUGCAAUGAUCAUACACCCUUACCCCACCCCCUAGAUACUUAAGAACUGCCUAGGGGAAACUGAGGCACCCCCACACUAUUCAGAGGAAACAUUAAGAACAGGCCCACUUCGUCACAGGGUGUCGUCAGGGUGACAGACGUUCACCUCCUGGACUCCCACAUCUCUUUUGUUUGGAGCAUCUCCCGAAUAACCAACCUCAGGCCUCCCCCAGCUCGCCCCGUGCAGUCGUUUCUCAAGCAGCUGGAAUUACAGUUUGUUUCUUGAAGAGCAGCAACGUGCGUGUUUCCCCCCUACAGAACUUUCGCAGCUUCCCAGCUGCGGUUCCGGGUGCCCGCUGAAUUCCAAGGCACAAUGUUAAAGGUGGCAGUAGCGUGAUUGUCGACACCUCCCCAGAGGCCACAAGAGGUGACGAGUCAGUUUCUCUGUACGCAGUAUCCCCACGUUUCCGAACUCUCUUCUGAAGCUUCUGGGGGGUAGAACGGGGUGUUCUCUCCAUUGCCUGCCGCGUGGCAUGGUCCGUUCCACUCCGUGUCUAAGCUGGCAUGGGCCAGUCAAAGCAACCCAGGCGCCUGGCAAAGAAGAGGCCAGGUCUUUUGUCAUCAGCCAGCCAGGAAACGAGGUGUUGUCUUCGCGGCUUCUUGCAACAUUGUCUCUCUGCACAAGUCAUCUUGUGCCAUCCCUGCUGGGGUAAGACAGGUUAGGCAACAGCAUUUGCAUAAGACUCGCUCGGCCACGCGUCCUCCGACCACACAUCCUCCUGCUGGUGGCUUAUCUUCACUCAGUAACUGACUUCCACAGGCCGCUCUGCGCUGGGCAGGCUGGCUCCUCGGGCCAGCUGGCCCCACCCUGGCGUGCGAGCUGGCAGCAGGAGUGAUUGGUUUGCCGUUAGUCCCAUCCCUCUCUCGGAGAGCUCUUCCCUUGUUUGGCAGCUCGUCACGCUGCCGCUUGGUCCGACGCAGGUCAGAGAUAAGUUAAUGAAAUCACCUCUGUCCCGGUGCUGGAUUACGCUCUGCACCGCUGUGAGAAGCUGGUUAGAGAGUUGUGUGCAGAAGCCUCUCUGUGCAGGCACCGGGCGCCUGGUUAAUGGAGCGGCUUGUCUCAGCGAGGGUGGUGCCUGGGCUGUCGGUUACUUAGUCGGCCUGCGCUGAGCUAUCUGCCGUAUCCCUCCAGUCCCAGCUGCUCCGGCAACACAGUGGCCUCAGUCCGAAGGGGCCCGUGGCAGAGCAUUCGGAGAUCCUGACGUUCCCCUGGAGCUUCUUACAUCUUCAUUGACGCGUCUGUUGGGUUUCUUUUAUCUGGGCCUAAAAUUCGUCCUUCUGGUGCUGCGUGGGGAGAGCCACAUCUGACGGGCGUCUCGUGUCCUUCGAGGCCCCGCGCCAUGGACUCCCGGCCCCUGUUCCAGGCCCUGCAUGCGCUGGCCGAGGACAACGUGGCCUUCUUCCGGCAGAGCGCCUCAGAGACGGGGCGCCGGUUCGUGGCGGCUUUCACGGCCAUCCGGGAGCACGCCCGCUGCCUGGAGCCGGUGCUGCGGCACUUCGCCAGCAUCUACCACGUCUUCGACCUGGACGAGGCCACGCAGGCCAACGGAUACCGCAGCCUGGCGCAGACGGCACGCUGCUGCCUGGCCCACGUGCUGCACAAGAGCCGCUAUGUGGCCGCCAACCGCCGCAGCAUCUUCUUCCGCACGGGCCACAACGCGGCCGAGCUGGAGGCCUAUUGCGCCGCCCUGAGCCAGCUGCGGGCCCUGCUGUACCUGGCACAGCGCCUGCUGACCCACAACCGCCCCGGCUGCCUCUUCCACCACGAGGAGCGCGGCCUGACCGAGCUGGUGCUGCAGGAGUACAGCACCCUGCACAAGGGCUGCUUCUACGGGCGCUGCCUGGGCUUCCAGUUCGCCCCCUCCAUCCGGCCCUUCCUCCAGACCAUCGCUAUCAGCCUGGUCUCCUUCGGGGAGAACUACAGACGCCAUGACUCCAGCCUCAGCAUGGCGGCCGGCUCGCUGUUCACCUCAGGGAAGUUCGCCAUUGACCCGGAGCUGCGGGGAGCCGAGUUCGAGAGGAUCACGCAGAACCUCGACGUGCAUUUCUGGAAGAGCUUCUGGAACCUGACGGAGACCGAGCUGCUGGCUUCUGUGGCCAGCAUGGCAUCCACGCAGGUGCGGGUGAGCCGGGCGCUGACGGUGCCCCCUGAGCCCUUUGAGCUGCCGCUGGCUGCCGACCCCUCACUGACCAUCACCAUCAGCCCCCCGGUGGCGCACACUGGCCCCGGGCCCAUCCACAUGCGCCUUAUCUCCCACCAGCUGCGUGAGGGACAAGACAGCGAGGCCCUGAGCGCGCUGGCCCAGGCCGAGGGCCCGCUGGGGCUGGAGCUGUGGCGUAAGGCCGCGCCCGCACCCCCCUCGCCCCUCCUGCUGGUUCACUUCCAUGGCGGCGGGUUCGUGGCACAGACGUCCAAGUCCCACGAGCCGUACCUGCGGGGCUGGGCGCAGGAGCUGGGCGCCCCCGUGCUCUCCGUCGACUACGCCCUGGCGCCCGAGGCCCCCUUCCCACGCGCCCUGGAGGAGUGCUUCUACGCCUACUGCUGGGCCCUGCAGCACUGCCGCCUGCUGGGCUCCACGGCGCAGCGGGUCUGCCUGGCCGGAGACAGCGCCGGCGGGAACCUCUGCCUCACCGUGACCAUGCGGGCAGCCGCCUUCGGCAUCCAGCUGCCCGACGGCAUCAUGGCGGCCUAUCCUGUCACCCUGGUGCGGGCCGCGGCCUCACCCUCCCGCCUGCUCACCCUGCUCGACCCCCUGCUGCCCCUCAGCGUGCUCUGCAAGUGCCUUAGUGCCUACGCCGGCACGGAGCCGGCGGAGGGCGAGCCCCCCGGGCUGGAGAAGCUGAGCCCGGUGAACAUGGUGCGGCGGGAUACCGCGCUGCUGUUACAGGACCUGCGGCACAGCGCCUCGGCCUGGCUGGGGGCGCUGCUGGAUGCCCCGGGGCGCAGCUAUGGGGCCGGUGCAGAAGCCGUGCGGAAGAGCGUCUCAGAGGCAGCGCUGGACGAUGACUCAGCUGUCAAAUCCAGGGGCUCCCGCAAGAGCCAGACCUGCCAGGAUCUAUCAUACGGGGUAUCAGCCCCCCCGACCUCUGCGCCUGCCCCCGCUCCCCAGGGCAGCCCCCCCAGCUUCUUCCUGAGUGGGGAGCAGCUGGAGGCAGAGGCCCCUGGGGACGAGAGGCUGCAGUAUCCCGACGGCUUUGAGCCGCUGCGCUCGGACCAGCCCGCCGCCAUCAUCACUGUGGAGGCAUCGCCCGUGGUCAAGAACCCCUUCAUGUCUCCCCUGCUGGCCCCGGACAGCAUGCUGCGAGGGCUGCCGCCGGUCCAUAUCGUGGCCUGCGCCCUGGACCCCAUGCUGGACGACUCGGUGAUGUUCGCCCGGCGGCUGCGGGAGCUGGGCCAGCCGGUGACCCUGCGGAUCGUGCAGGAUUUGCCGCACGGCUUCCUGAGCCUCUCCCAGCUGAGCCGCGAGACCCGCCAGGCGGCCGCACUCUGCACCCGCGUCAUCCGUGAGAUCCUGCUGCCCCCGGAGCCCGCGCCGCCCACUGCCCCACCCUCGCCCCGCAAGCACCGCAAGCUGCCGCGCACGCCGCCCUCGGGGGCGGCCACGGGCCGGGAAAGCCGGGCCACGGGCCAGGCGGCCACGGGCCUCACCUCGCCCAGCCUCAAGAGUCCGACCACAGCUCCCUUGGAGCCCAGCCCCCCACAGGCGGGAGCCCCCCACAGGCGGGAGCCGGGGCCCCAGGGCGGCCCGGCGGGCAGGGAGGUGGGGGCCUGAGCCGGGAUUUGCUGGGAGCCCCUUGGUGCUUUUCUCUCUGUGGCUCCCAGGUGGGGAGGGGCCCAACCCUGAGAGCCUGGCUGGGUGCCCCCACAGCCCCUGGGGACUGGUCUGUAGUGAUUUAUGCUGGACAGGCAUUUGCUGCUGUCUGUAGCCUGAGGAGGGGGGUGUCUCCCGUCUCCCGUCCCCCAGCCCCUCACCCUCAGGGGGCCUGGCCCCUCCUGGGCUCCCACACGCCAGCCCUGCACUCCAAGGGAUGCCCCAGCUGCCAGGCCUGAGCUGAGGGUGCAGCUCCUGACCCCCCCUUCUGCCACCCCAUACUCCUGGGGGGUGGGAAGGGAGCUGUCUACCCCCCUCCUUUCCCUGUGUGCACUGGGGGGGGUGCUCCAGCCCAUCUGCCCCCCCUCCAAACUACUCACCCCCUGCCUGCUGCUGCUGUGAACCAAAUGAAGGGUUGGGGGUGCAUUCCCUGCCAGGGGGCUGUAGGGACCCCCACCCACAACCUCCAGUUUUGUAAAUAAAAGACUGUUUGAUAUUGA